AUGGCGCCCAGAAUUGACGACGAUUUCGUCUUCACCAUCUCCGAUCACGACGAUGUAUCAGACGACGGCGGCGCCGAGGAGAUUGCCGCUGCAUCAGCCAAACUUGCUGGGCGCGGAAAGAAGAGAAAACACACUGAGGACCCGGACCUAAACAUUAGGCCGAAGGAGGCGCCGUCCAAGAAGGCAAAGAAAGACAAGAAAAAGGGAAAGAAGGGUAAGCAAGCCGAACCAGAGCCUGCUGCCGAGGACGAGAGCGACCUUGAGAUUGCGCACCCAGGCGAAGACGUCGAAGGCAACGAUGAUAUCGACAGCGAAUUCGAGUUUGCCGUCGGCGACAUUGAUACUGGCUUUGUGGAGGAGUUUGAUGGCUGGGGCAAUGCAGAAGGCACAGUCGGACGAGAACAAAAUGCCGAGAAGAAAAGCAACGCUGUAGAUAUCGAUGAUAUUAUCGAGCGCAGGCAGAACAAGAAGAUGGCUGAGAAGGACACGAUGUCAGAUUCAGAGGACGAGGCAGACAAGGAUGACUUCUCUGGAUUCGGCGAGGACGACGAGUUGCUGGCAGAAGACGGCUUUGGCAUGGGUGCAGGCAGCGAUUCCGACUCAGAGGGUGAUGACGAAGAGGAUGGUGACCAGGACGAAAGUAAGAUUAACAACGACUCCGAAGGAGGGGCCGGGGAAUCUGACGACGAGGACGUCGCUCCACAUGUGCCACACCCAAUGGACUUGGAGGGCGCAGAAUCGGACGAUGCUAUGAGCGAGCAGGAAGAUGCUGUCGAGGCGAAGAAGGCCGCUGCAUUUUUUGCACCAGAGGAGAGCGAGUCUGGAAAAAAGAAAAAGGGUGCAAAGUCGAUCGGAUCUUUCCACGCAAUGUCGCUAUCGAGACCCAUUCAGAAGGGCCUUGCGGCUAUCGGCUUCACCGAGCCCACACCCAUUCAGGCAAAGGCCAUCCCAAUCGCUAUGCAGGGCAAGGACGUCGUAGGAGGUGCCGAGACAGGUUCCGGUAAAACAGCUGCCUUCCUCAUCCCCAUCCUUGAACGUCUCCUCUACAGACCGAAAAAGGUACCGACCACGCGCGUAGCCAUCUUCAUGCCCACUCGUGAGUUGGCAGUACAAUGUUUCAACGUUGCUACGAAGCUUGCAUCCUUUACUGACAUCACAUUUGCACUGCUUGCUGGUGGUUUCUCUUCUCGGGAGCAAGAAGUCAUGCUCAAGACACGCCCAGAUGUGGUCAUCGCUACACCUGGUCGUUUCAUCGACCACAUGCACAAUACAGCUGCGUUCCAGGUCGAGCAUCUUGAGAUUUUGGUGCUUGAUGAGGCUGAUCGUAUGCUCGAAGAGGGUUUCGAGACACAAUUAAACGAGAUCUUGACCACCAUCCCGAAGUCACGUCAAACGAUGCUGUUCUCUGCUACCAUGACAAGCACCGUCGACAAGCUCAUUCGCAUUGGUAUGGACAAGCCAGUGCGCCUCAUGGUGGAUGCGAAGAAGCACACUGUGAAGGGUCUGACACAAGAGUUUAUCAGGCUGAGGCAGGGCAAAGAAGACAAGCGACUUGCAUACCUCAUGUACAUUUGCGAGAAGAUCUACACGGAACGAGUCAUCAUCUUCUUCAGGCAAAAGAAGGAGGCACACAGAGUGCGCGUGGUCUUUGCUCUCUGCGGUCUCAAGGCAAGCGAGCUCCACGGUAACAUGAGCCAGGAACAGCGUAUUCAAGCCGUAGAAGCGUUCCGGUCUGGGAAGUCGUCCUAUCUCCUAGCCACUGACGUCGCUUCUCGUGGUCUCGACAUCAAGAACGUCUCCACCGUCAUCAACUACGAAGCACCCCAGAGUCACGAGAUCUAUCUUCAUCGUGUCGGUCGUACUGCUCGUGCUGGACGAAGCGGUCGUGCGUGCACGCUUGCAGCAGAGCCUGAUCGCAAGGUCGUCAAGCAGGCAGUGAAGCAGUCAAGGGAUCAGGGAUCUAAGGUGGUCAGCAGACAAGUCCCCGUAGAAGAAACAGACCGAUGGAUGGAGAAGCUUCGGGGUCUCGAAGACGAGAUUGAGGACGUUCUCAAGGAGGAGAAAGAGGAGCGCACUUUGAGCAUAACCGAACGUGACCUCAAGCGUGGCAUGAACCUCAUCGAGCACGAGGCCGAGAUCAAAUCCCGACCCAAGCGCGUGUGGUUCGAGACGGAGAAGGAGAAGAUGGCAGAGCGCGAGAAGGGUGCUGCAGCAUUGAAUGCUGCCGCUGGAGGAUCAGUCAAGCAGAAGAAGAAGAAGCUCAGUGGUAAGGACAAGAAGAAGCUUGAUGCGAGAGACGAGAGGAGUGAGGGCAAGAUCUGGAAGAAGGCCAAGGAGGACAGAGGCAUGGACACGAACAGGGCGAAGGAGAAGAAGGCGUUGGCAAAGAACAAGUCGAAGAAGAUUAGCAAGCUGUCCAGGAGGUAG